GCCCAAUUGCCGAAUCUUGCUUUCAAGCUUUGUCUUCCAUCUCUCUCCAAAAACAUGUCAUCGUCAGCACUAGGUCGCAUCAGCACCGUGGCAGGUCACCUCGCGGCGUCACAUCCAAAGGGUCUUCUCGCUGGACAGGUGGCCAUUAUUACCGGUUCAGGGCAAGGCAUUGGGGCCGCGGCAGCUAAGCUGUUUGCGAAAGAAGGAGCCUUAGUUGUGGUCACGGAUAUUGAUGCUGUCAAGGCGGAAUCCGUUGUAAAUGAAAUCAAAUCGACAAACGGUACAGCCAUAGCUGUGCCAGGGGAUGUCACCGACCCUUCGUAUCCCCAAAAACUCAUUCAAAAAACAAUUGAUACUUUUGGCAAAGUCAACCACAUUGUAAACAAUGCCGGUUUCACUUACGAUGGCAUGAUGCAUCGCAUGUCUGACAAACAGUGGGAAAUCAUGUUGUCUGUUCACAAUACUGCCCCUUUCCGCAUUGUUAGGGCCGCUGCUCCGCAUAUGCGCAUCAAUUCCGAAGAGCCGCGUACUAUUGUGAUGGUUUCAUCCACGUCGGGGCUGCAUGGAAAUCUUGGUCAAGCAAACUAUGCGACGGCGAAGGCUGGUGUCACUGGCUUCACAAAGACUUUGGCAAAAGAAUGGGGCGCGUUCAAUGUUCGGGUCAACUCUGUUGCAUUCGGAUUGAUUGAUACACGCCUGACACGACCCAAAGAAUCAGGCGAAGCCAUAGAGGUUGGGGGCCAAAAGGUUCAGCUUGGCAUACCGACCAAAAAGACUUCGACUGGCGCAGACGAUAAGACGAUGGGCCGUCUCAUCCCUUUAGGAAGAGCGGGAACUGCAGAUGAAGCCGCAGCAUCCAUUUUAUUCCUAUGCUCACCGCUGUCCACAUUUGUGACCGGCACAACCUUGGAAGUUACAGGCGGUGCUGGCAUUUAGCACCGUGAUCAGGAGAGUUACAGUUGGCAACGGUCACAUCAUUGUUUGCCUGUAGACUUAAACCAUUGUUUAUCACAUGUAUAUAGAGAUGAGUCUAGCUGAAGAUAGCUUUUAGUUAGGAUGCCAGUACUCUGUGGAUAAAACGUGAUGACUGUUUUGAAUGCCUGGUGUAAGUUCGAUAAAUAAGCAGCAACCCUCUGCGCUCUACGUGCAGUUCUGCUCUCUCCUAUCAGA